UUAGUUGUCCACUGAAAAAAAAAAAUCGUCUGCUAGCCAGCAGUCCAGUAAUAUAAGUUCGUAUAAUGGAGGGGUGAGACUCCGUUAGCCCCAUAGGUACGAUAGCCGGCUAUCGGGGGUCCCUGCAUACGAAUUUUGCCGCGCUAUCGUGACCGAUAGCUAUCGGUGGUCUCUGCAUACCUGAUUUACUUAGAGCAGCAGACGAAAGAGUUGAAUAAAAUCACGUGACAGAUCUGUUAGGUGGUCAAAGGUGCUCUGAAUGUUACAUUGACAUUCUACUGUACGUGUUUAAAGAUGGGCUCGAAAAAAACCCUCGUCGAAUUUUUCUACGAUGUCGUUUCACCUUACUCACGGUUUGCCUUUGAGGUACUGUGCCGGUACAAAGGGAUUUGGAACAUGGAUCUUAAGUUGAAACCUGUCUUCCUCGGAGGCAUUAUGCAGGCUACUGGCAAUCAGCCUCCUGCCACUAAUGCCACCAAGGCUUCAUAUUUAGUCACAGAUAUGAAACACUUGUCACAGUAUUUCAAUCUUUCAUACAACCAACCAAAGGAUUUCUGGAAUGUGAUUGUGACCAAGGGAACAUUGAAAACACAACGAUUUAUUACAGCAGUAGACAUGACAAGGCCAGAGUUUACAGAGCAGCUGUCUCGUGAAUUGUGGAACCGCAUUUAUGUUGAGGAUCUGGAUGCUACUGAACCAGAGAGCCUUAGACAGGCUGCAUUGAAAGCUGGCAUGAACGAGAAUUUAAUCAGCGAUGCCUUGAAUCGUAUGACACAAAAAGACGUCAAGGACAGGCUGAUAGCUUAUACUAAAGAGGCUUUAGACCUAGGGGCUUUUGGAGCCCCAUAUAUAGUUGCCCAUGUGAAUGGCAAGAAAGAGAUAUUUUUUGGCUCUGACAGGUUUCCUGUGAUGGCAUUGAUCAUAGGGGAGAAGUGGCAGGGACCAGACCCUGGAGUAAAAUCUCAUCUGUGAGGAUUUUUUUGCGGGGCUUGACAGCAGUGAUGGAUCCAUCAAAGCCACUUUCUUCCUUUCUAGAAACGCAAUUUAUUUGUCAUUUACACAUCUUUGAAUUUACCAGUAUCAUUUCUUUCAUUAGAGCUUUCAUGAUUACUUAAUGAAUUUAUACAAACAUAAUGUAUGUGGAAGAGAAACUGUUGUCAGUUUGUGAUCGCUUUACCCUCAACUGGUCAGGGAAAGUAAGAAGCUAAGCUCAAUGAAUGACUUUAAUUUCGUGCAAUGGUAAUGAAAAAAAAUCAAUAAAGAAACACAUCCUAAGUUUUUUUUUAACCAACAGAUGGGCAUGUCAUGUUUGCUUGGGUGUGCAAAUAAACUGAGCCUUUAAAUUUGUA